ACUUCAAUUCGCAAUCUUAAAUAUUCAACGCAUACACUAACGAACGGACAGCAAUAUUCACGAAGACUGGUUGAUUAGUUUCAGUUCUUGAAGGUAGUACAAGCAUGGUUUUGUCAGGGACUCUAAGGAAAGUUUUCAGACGCGCCCGCAAAGAGAGAGGCCUUCCCGGCGGUGAACUCGACUUGGAACCUGUGAUUCCGACGCAUUUCCGGUGCCCGGUGAGCCUUGAACUGAUGAAAGAUCCGGUGACGCUGUGCACUGGAAUAACCUACGACAGAGACAGCAUCGAGAGGUGGAUUGAAUCUGGGAACAACACUUGCCCCGUGACCAAGCAGGUUCUUUCCAGCACUCACAUGAUCCCAAAUCACUCCAUUCGGAAAAUGAUUCAGCACUGGUGCGUCGAGAACCAGUCUUACGGGAUCGAAAGAAUUCCCACUCCGAGGAUCCCGGUCGCGCCGUACGAGGUUUCGGAGACUUGUUCGAGGAUAAUUGUCGCCACUCGUAAUGGGGAUGUCAAAACCUGUCAAGAAUUGGUGGGGAAAAUUAAGAAUUGGGGUAAAGAAAGCGAGAGGAACAAGAGGUGUAUAGUAGAAAAUGGUGCUUGUGCAGUGUUAGCCUCUGCCUUUGAUUCUUUCUCGCGUGGGGCCAUCGAGGAAAACGAGGUUGCUCUGGAUGAGAUCUUGGGAGUGCUCCCAUGGAUGAUGAAUCCAUCUCAAGAAGAUGCCAGAUCGAAAUUGAGGUCUGAGGCAUCUUUGAAUUGCUUGGUUUGGUUUCUGAAUGGGAACGACCUUUCAGCAAGACAAAAUGCAGCCAUGGUGCUCAAGGAAAUGCCUGUGAGAGCUCUAGCUAAAGCUGAAGGUGUGAUUGAAGCUUUGGUCAAGAUGAUUAGAGAGCCUAUAGGACCUAAUGCAACCAAAGCAAGCUUGACCAAGAUUUUCCAGUUGGUUUCCUCGUCAGAUGACAAAGAGAGAAUCUCACAGAGAUUUGUGGAACUGGGUUUGGUUUCUUUAUUGCUGGAGGCCAUUGUUGAUGCAGACAAAAGUAUAUGUGAGAAGGCUUUGGGUGUUUUGGAUUGUCUUUGUGAUUGCAAAGAAGGAAAGGAAGCGGCCAUGGCUAAUGCUCUAGCCUUGCCUCUUGCAACUAAGAAGAUUCUAAGGGUAUCAGCGUUGGCCACUGAGUUUUCAGUAUCCAUUCUCUGGAAGCUCUGUGACAAGGAAGAUGAAGAGGUUCUAGUUGAAACUGUUCAACUUGGGGCUUUUCAGAAGCUCCUGCUUUUGUUGCAGGUGGGCUGUGAAGAAAGCAUGAAGGAGAAGGUCACUGAAUUGUUGAAACUGUUGAAUGCUUAUAGAAGCAGAGCAGAAUGUGUCGAUUCAUCCCUGGAUUUUAAGUACCUUAAGAAGCCCUUCUAAUUGAUAGAUUCAUUGAGAUUUCAUUCAUUCCAUUCUUUUUGUAUAAAAAAAUAGGAGCAAAACACAAUGUAAAAGCAUACAAGUAUACAACAUACAAAUCGAUUUAUUCAAUUGAAAUUUGACAAUUAUUUUUAAA